AUGGUUGGCCCAACGACCGAGCCAACAGAAUACCCACAUCCUAACAACCCGAUGAUUAGUUUCGUAGAUUUACCCGGGAUCGGUACGCCGAACUAUCCUGAUCUUCCUACCUACUGUGAGAAAGUUUGCUUCGAACGUUACGAUACCUUCCUUAUUUUCACUGCAAAUCGUUUUAGACAAAGUGACUUAGAACUGGCAAAAAAAAGUGAAAUCCAUUGGCAAGUCGUUCUUUUUUAUUCGCACAAACAUCGAUGUCGACUGCGCGUCUAAAGAUGGAAAAGCAAUUAAAGAAGCAGACAUUUUGGAAAAGAUUAGAGAAAAUUGCAUUCAAGACGUGAAAGAUUUAAUAUCCAGUGAGAAAGAAAUUUUCCUGAUUAGCAACUACCAUAAAGACAAAUGGGACUUCGACCGUCUAAUUGCAGGCAUCAGCAACGCCUUGCCCGUUCUUCAAAGAAAGUGUUUAACACUAUCCUUAUCAAAUUUAACGCGUGAAUGUUUGAAGAGAAAGGCGAAGUUUUUCAAGGGUAAGGACUGUUUUAAUUUUAUAUACAUGUCCAACUAUACGCAUCUUGUGCAAGGGACAAAUAGAAAAGUCAAAUUGACAUUUUAUUUGUUUAUUGGACGAAUGGCUAUUCAAUACCUGGGGAGAGUUUCUUGAAAGUCCUUAAUAUUCUCUUAUAUUAUACUACUAAUAAUUGAGAAUAGUAUAACUUAAUACCUUGAUUAUUUCUAUUUAACAAAUCUAGCUCAAGCUGGUGCCGUGGCAGCCAUUUCAGCAGCGACUGGUGCAAUUCUAAUUCCUGGAGUCGGAGGUGCUAUUGUGGUUGCACUUAUUGGAGGUACAAUCGCAGUGUAUUACCGACAAUUUGGCUUCAACAACACAACACCUGAAGAACUGGACGUGUUGGAUAAAAAAUAUAGGGAGAUUAUUGAAACAUAUCAGUUCACCGCAGGAAGCAUAUCGUUUGCUUUCACAUUGCGUUACCUUUUGCGUUCUAUAAAUGAACUGGAAGAAGUUGCCAUGACUGUCUGGGAUAACGCAGCGAAACGAUCAGUUAGAGACGGCACAGAUAAUUCACAACCACAAAGAUAUGAUGAAUAA